GGGCGUAUUCAUUACGCAUAUUCUGUUGCAAAACGGUUCUUAAACAGAAGCAAACUGAAUUAAACGGGGCCGAACAACCUGCAUUUGUCCAAUAGCAACUAUUGUUUUCGUUGCAAAACGCACCUGUUUUGACUGACGAUUACCCUGGACUGUAAAAGACUGGGGACGCACUGCAACUCCAACAAGCGAGUUCAAAGCACAUCAAAUUUCAGAUGCAAAACUGGGCAAGCCACGACUCAUAUCAUGGUAUAGAAUGAGGUUGCAUUGACCCUGCUAGUACUAGCCCAGUAGCCUAGCAUCGAGGUGGAGGCUGGGUCACAGUGAUCAGUAACCCGGCUAGGAGGCUCGACUCCAGGCUAGCCAGCCUGCCAGCGGAGGGAGGGGGCCUGGUCCUGGAAUGGCCUGGUGAGCUGCACCGCCUAGCAGCAGAGGAAGGUUUGUGAUGAGCGGGAAGAGCCUGCUGUUAAAGGUGAUCCUGCUGGGGGACGGCGGCGUGGGAAAGUCUUCCUUAAUGAACCGCUACGUCACGGACCGCUUCGACUCCCAGUCCUUCCACACCAUCGGGGUCGAGUUCCUCAACAGAGACCUGGAGGUGGACGGGCGCCUAGUGACCCUUCAGAUCUGGGACACGGCUGGUCAGGAGCGCUUCAAGUCCCUGAGGACGCCGUUCUACCGUGGCGCCGACUGCUGCCUCCUCACCUUCGCUGUAGACGACCAGCACAGCUUCCAGAACUUGGCCAGCUGGAAGAAAGAGUUCAUGUGUUACUCUGACGUACGAGACCCAGAGAGGUUCCCCUUCGUUGUCCUGGGCAACAAGGUGGACAAAGAGGGGAGGGAGGUCGGGGAGGAAGAGGCUCAGGCCUGGUGCGAGGAGAACGGCUGUUGUCCCUACUUCGAGACCAGUGCAAAGGACGACACGAACGUGGGAGUGGCGUUUGAGGCAGCGGUACUGGAGGUUCUGGCGGCGGAGGAUCAGAUCGACCACACAUUGUUGAGUAGCACGAUCGAUCUCCACGGCAACCGUAAAGUACCACGCUCUUCUUGCUGCUGAUUGGUUGAAAGGAUUGGUCGGAGCUAGCCCCUCCCUGAGUUCUUUCUGUCUAGCCUAUAGUACUCUGGGAGCUCUCCACUGAUGAUGAUGCAGGUACAAGCUACUGAGACAACUUGAUUAUCAACACCGCUGAUUUUAUAUAGUGUUGUGUUGUCGGCACAGACUGAUUUGGAAGAGUAUUGGAUAAUCAAUACAUCUGAUUUUGAAAGGUUAUCAAUGAGGUACAAUAUAACAGGUACACCAUGUUGUUUAACUCUGUCUGUGUUCUGCAGUAUAUCACAACACUGCUGUCUACAUCCAGCCAGCUUCAUGUACCUGCCCUGUUCUACAUCCAGCCAGCUUCAUGUACCUGCCCUGUUCUACAUCCAGCCAGCUUCAUGUACCUGCCCUGUUCUACAUCCAGCCAGCUUCAUGUACCUGCCCUGUUCUACAUCCAGCCAGCUUCAUGUACCUGCCCUGUGAAGGGUUUUCACCAUUUACGAUUAUCCCUCCUACAUAAGUCAUUUUAAUCUGAUAAUAUUCAUGUGUCCUUUCUGUACUCCUCUCCAAGAGCACAGGCUGCUUGUGGCACAGCAACAUGCUCAUUCAUUAAUCUCUUUAAGUCUUCUAAGGUCUCAGAGGUACUCUGACCAGAACAUGACCAUCACCCUGUCAGAUCUCACAGAUACUCUGACCAGAACAUGAUUCGGACAUAGACCUGGUCUGUUGACUGACAGAAGUAAUAUAAUAUAAUGACAUAGACCUGGUCUGUUGACUGACUGAUGGAAUGUAAUAUAAUAUAAUGACAUAGACCUCCAAGUGAAGCUGGCCUUUUUUCCAGUUCAGUUUAAGAACUGACAACAUUGAUUACACACAUUACUGUACCAGGAAAAAUGUUUACUGCACAAAGGAAUGACAUUUUCUUUGAUUUUCUCCCAAAGGGAAAGAUGUUUCUGUUCUGUCGUAUCUGUUAACACUGGAUACAUAUGAGGUACUUUGUAUCUACGGUCGUGGCCAAAAGUUUUGAGAAUGACAAAAAUAUUCAUUUUCACAAAGUCUGCUGCCUCAGUUUGUAUGAUGGCAAUUUUCAUAUACUCCAGAAUGUUAUGAAGAGUGAUUAGAUGAAUUGCAAUUAAUUGCAAAGUCCCUCUUUGCCAUGCAAAUGAACUGAAUCCCCCAAAAACAUUUCCACUGCAUUUUAGCCCUGCCACAAAAGGACCAGCUGACAUCAUGUCAGUGAUUCUCUCGUUAACACAGGUGUGCGUGUUGACGAGGACAAGGCUGGAGAUCACCCUGUCAUGCUGAUUGAGUUUGAAUAACAGACUGGAAGCUUCCAAAGCAGGGUGGUGCUUGGAAUAAUUGUUCUUCCUCUGUCAACUAUGGUUACCUGCAAGGAAAUACGUGCCGUCAUCAUUGCUUUCCACAAAAAGGUCUUCACAGGCAAGGAUAUUGCUGCCAGUAAGAUUGCACCUAAAUAAGCAAUUUAUCGGAUAAUCAAGAACUUCAAGGAGAGUGGUUCAAUUGUUGUGAAGAAGGCUUCAGGGCACCCAAGAAAGUCCAGCAAGUGUCAGGACCAUCUCCUAAAGUUGAUUCAGCUGCGGGAUUGGGGCACCACCCGUACAGAGCUUGCUCAGGAACGGCAGCAGGCAGGUGUGAGUGCAUCUGCACGCACAGUGAGGCAAAGACUUUUGGAGGAUGGCCUGGUGUCAAGAAAGUCAGCAAAGAAGCCACUUCUCUCCAGGAAAAACAUCAGGGACAGACAUAUUCUGCAAAAGGUACAAGGAUUGGACAGCUGGGGACUGGGGUAAAGUCAAUUUCUCUGAUGAAUCCCCUUUCCGAUUGUUUGGGGCAUCUGGAAAAAAGCUUGUCCGGAGAAGACAAGGUGAGCUCUAUCAUCAGUCCUGUGUCAUGCCAACAGUAAAGCAUCCUGAGACCAUUCAUGUGUGGGGUUGCUUGCUAAGGGGCUCACUUACAAUUUUACCUAAGAACACAGCCAUGAAUAAAGAAUGGUACCAACAUAUCCUCUGAGAGCAACUUCUCCCAACCAUCCAGGAACAGUUUGGUGAUGAACAAUGCCUUUUCCAGCAUGAUGGAGCACCUUGCCAUAAGGCAAAAGUGAUAACUAAGUGGCUCGGGGAACAAAACAUCGAUAUUUAGUCUGGACACUCCCCAGACCUUAAUCCCAUUGAGAAUUUGUGGUCAAUCCUGAAGAGGUGGGUGGACAAACAAAAACCCACAAAUUCUGACAAACUCCAAGCAUUGAUUAUGCAAGAAUGGGCUGCCAUCAGUCAGGAUGUGGCCCAGAAGUUAAUUGACAGCAUGCCGGGGUGGAUGUCAGAGGUCUUGAUAAAGAAGGGCCAACACUGCAAAUAUUGACUCUUUGCAUCAACUUCAUGUAAUUGUCAAUAAAAGCCUUUGACACUUAUGAAAUGCUUGUAAUUAUACUUCAGUAUUCCAAAGUAACAUCUGACUAAAAUAUCUAAAGACACUGAAGCAGCAAACUUUGUGGAAAUUAAUAUUUGUGUCAUUCUCAACUUUUGUCCACGACUGUAUACCAGAUGAUCCGGUAUUCUCUCCAAAUAUCCUAUAGGACUAACACUUCCUAGAAAGCCUGUGUGUGAGAGUUGUAGGAGACACUGGCUGUAAUUUCAUCCCUUACCCACUAUGGUACAUCCCUUACCUACUAUGGUACAUCCCUUACCCACUAUGGUACAUCCCUUACCCACUAUGGUACAACCCUUACCCACUAUGGUACAACCCUUACCCACUAUGGUACAACCCUUACCCACUAUGGUACAACCCUUACCCACUAUGGUACAACCCUUACCCACUAUGGUACAACCCUUACCCACUAUGGUACAUCCCUUACCCACUAUGGUACAUCCCUUACCCACUACGGUACAUCCCUUACCCACUAUGGUACAUCCCUUACCCACUAUGGUACAUCCCUUACCCACUACGGUACAUCCCUAACCCACUAUGGUACAUCCCUAACCCACUAUGGUACAUCCCUUACCCACUACGGUACAUCCCUUACCCACUACGGUACAUCCCUAACCCACUACGGUACAUCCCUAACCCACUAUGGUACAUCCCUUACCCACUAUGGUACAUCCCUUACCCACUAUGGUACAUCCCUUACCCACUACGGUACAUCCAUUUCUUGUGAGAUCCCAUCCCUUUUUUUCGGUCUCUCUUGACACUUCAAUGUUAAGGAUAUAAUGUUCUUAGUCAAUAAAGCAUAUUCCCUGUAGAGAAGCCAGUUUUUGUUUGGCAAAUGGCAGAUGCAUUUCUCUUUUCAGAAGUGCAUUUGUUCUGAUAUUUACUGUGUGUUUUCUACCAUGUAACAUGUGUUUGGGUUGGUGUGUCACUAAGGAAGAGUGAUGUUUGUUUCUCAGCCCUACUGCCUUGCCGGUCUUCCGCCUGCGCCCUGUUCUGGAAAGUUACACAUCUUUGUAUCUUCACUUUUACCAAUCUAAUCAGGACUUUAUAAACACACAAACAUAACUAAUCUGCCUCUCAAUUCAAAUGACAUGACUGUCUGGUACAGCAGAAGGGUCCACUGGGAAAGAGCCAGACAUUCAAUGAAACUUCAGCAUUGGGUUAUGUUGACUCUGUUCUCAUGUUACAUCUGUAUCUAUCGAAGGUGUUGAUUUUUACUCAGCCCGUGAUAUUUAGGAAAACCAGUUUAAACAAAAUAACUAUUUAUUAUGUUCCAGGUCAUGGUACGUAACAGAAGAGACGUAUUAACUGACACGUGAAUGUCUUGUUUUAACAGUUAACUAUACAUGUGAUGUAUUUUUACCCAAUGGAAAAAGAGGUGCUUAAAGUCAGACGGCACAUUUUACUGCUAGUUAAACUAUAUCCCUGAGAAUGUGUUCAAUCUUUCACACUCUGUCUAACAGACAGUUCUCGUCUCCUCACCCGUCUUGUCUCACCCCAACUAACCAAUGCUGAUGACCCUGUUUUUGUUUUUCAAUGUGCUCCGUUUCCUUUGUGGUACACAAAGACAUGGUUAAUGUACAUUGUAAAUGGCGUUCAUUUUAAUUCCUGAAAUAAUACUGUACCAACUGACUGAAAUCA